AUGAAAUUCCUCUACAUCGUUUCAACCAUCGCCGCCGCUAGCAGCAUCAAUGCUAUCCAAACCACUAGAGUCAAUGUGUUCAUGGACGAGCAACAGAUUGAAACUGAGUCGAUGGUCUGCAGACGUAUUGGACAGUCUUGCGGCCUCUGGGGCGGGCCCUGCUGCGAUGGCUUGUUCUGCAUGAUGUGGUCAAGUGGUAUUUGCGUCGAGUACCCCAAGAACGCAAGUUGUCCUCCUGAGUAUCUAUACACGAAAUACUGCUGA